CGCUACGUCACACGGUCGCGCCGUGUUUACCCACGGCGGCUAGGUGGUCGUCGGAGGCGUAGCGCCGUUUGCCAGUGCAAACCAGCUGAAACCCGACGGGCGGAGUCCAGGUGAUUACGGAUGGCGGAUCCUGCGGUGGCGUCGGGAGGUCCGCUGAACGCAGGAGGGCGUGGGGGUGGUGGUAAAGCAGCUUCCAGCCCCGCAGAGAACUACCACCUGGCCAGACGUCGCACCCUGCAGGUUGUUGUGAGCGCCCUGCUGACCGAGUGUGGCUUUGAGAGCGCAGAGAAGGCAGCAGUGGAGACGCUCACUGAGAUGAUGCAGAGCUAUAUAUCUGAAAUAGGUCGCUGUGCUAAAGCCUAUUGUGAACACACAGCCAGAAGCAUUCCAACCCUGUCGGAUACAGUGGUCUCACUCAUUGAAAUGGGUUUCAACGUCGACACGCUGCCUGUGUAUGCAAAAAGGUCACAGAGGAUGGUUAUAACUGCCCCUCCAGUGACGAACCCACCUGUGACUCCCAAGGCGCUGUCUGCCGGACAGAAACGCACACAUCCGUCUCACAUCCCGAGCCACUUCCCCGAGUUCCCUGACCCUCACACCUACAUCAAAACACCGACAUUCAGAGAGCCUGUGUCGGAGUACCAAGUGGUGAGAGAGAAGGCAGCAAAUCAGAGGAGAGACGUGGAGCGAGCACUCACGCGCUUCAUGGCCAAGACCGGAGAAACCCAGAGCCUCUUCAAAGACGACAUAACAGCCUUCCCGUUGAUCGCAGCGCGGCCGAGCGCCAUCCCAUAUCUCAGCGCGCUCCUGCCGUCUGAGCUGGAACUGCAGACCCUGGAGGAGACAGAUUCCUCUGAGCAGGAUGACCAGACAGAUAGUGAGAACACAACAGGAAACAUCAUCAACGAUGAUCCAGGAGCCGACAAAGAGAACUCCAUGCUUCCUCCCAGUGGCGUUGUUCCCUCCGCGAAGGCCAGCGAGGACAACGUGAUCGACAACCCGUACCUCCGGCCGGUCAAGAAACCCAAAGUGAGGAGGAAGAAAUGAGUCAGGACCCACCUGAACCAACGGACUCAGAGUUGCCACAGUGGUUGGUGCUUUCGGCAGUCCAGUCAGUGACUCCCGGCACGGACAGGAGCAGCCUGCUGUUGAAGACUGCUGUGUGAGCCGGGACCAGCAGCUGCCUUUCCUCAAUGCUUGGGACCAGUACUGCUGUUGACUUUUUUUUUUUUUUUGUUAACAGCCUUUUUUUUCGGGAGGCACUCACUUUGUUUAAAAUUCGUGUGACGUCAUUUUGUAAGCAACACCAUAGUGUAAUAUACAAAAAGAGGAAUCCAGUCAUUUUGUGAAUAAAGAAAAAUAAGUUUC